CAGAGGAAAACCGCACAGUAAGCUUGCAAGUGUACGCUGUCCAAAUUCUCCAUGCGCGCAAAGUUCAAAUAAAUGCACUUAAAACACUGCACUUUUGCAUACGUUAAGCAGACGUAGAACAAGUGGGACAACGGACUCGCUUUUGCUAAAGUUUUCGCUGCUGCUUCUUUGAAGUGCCGUGACGAUGACACUUGUGCGCACGUUUCUAAUGCUGUUGCUGGUGAUGGUCUCGGGCUGUGUGUCCUGGUCGCAGCCACGAGCUCGGCGUAGCGACUGUCCUCACCUUUGCCACUGCGAAGAAGACGGCACGUUUUCGCGAGCUGACUGCGCGGAUCGCGGGCUCGAGGCGCUUCCGUCUGGGAUGAGCAUCUUCACGUCUUACCUUGACCUAAGCAUGAACAACAUUAGUCAGCUACGCAGCAAUGCUUUCUCCAACCUUCACUUUCUUGAGGAGCUGCGAUUAGCAGGAAAUGAACUGAGGGACAUUCCUAAAGGAGCAUUCGAAGGUCUCAUCAACCUCAAAGUGCUCAUGCUCCAAAACAACCAGCUCCAGGAGGUCCCUGGAGAGGCUUUCCAGAGCCUGCGCAGCCUUCACUCUCUACGUUUAGAUGCAAACCACAUCUCCAGGGUGCCUCCCAACUGCUUCGAUGGCCUGUCUUCCCUGCGCCACCUCUGGCUGGAUGACAACGCGUUGACUGAAGUGCCCGCCGAUGCCCUGCGUGUCCUCUCCUCUCUGCAGGCGAUGACCCUGGCCCUCAACAAGAUCACCCACAUCCCAGACCGGGCAUUUGCCAACCUGUCGAGCUUGGUCGUCCUACAUGUCAGUAACAACAGAGUGCUCUCCGUGGGAAAACACAGCUUUGACGGCCUACGCAGUCUGGAGACUCUCACUUGUGCAGAUGUUCCCAGACCUCUGAGACUGCAUGUGUUUGUAGCGGUACCCUCGGAAGGAGAAAGAGAGAGAGGGAGCAGAACUUGGUUGUGUUUCUGGAUUUCAGCAGAUCCAGACCUCUGCAGGGCUUUCCUCCAGGGAAACACCACACAAGCAGCAGUCAUUACACAACAGCUUUAUCAGUGUGUAUACCAUUUUUGUCAGCACACACCACAGAUCAGGGCCACACUUUACACUAAACAUAACGGUGGGCCUUUGAAAAAAUGUGCAUGUGUAUUAAAAAAUGGGGGCAAAGUAUGUUUACAUAAAACGAAAUGUUGUCCAUAUAGGGAUCUGAAUUACAACCGUCUGGAAGAGUUCCCUGUUGCUAUCAGGUCCUUGAGGACUUUAAAGGAGUUGGGUUUUCACCACAACAAUAUCAAGUCCAUCCCUGGGAAUGCCUUUGUUGGGAACCCUUCUCUCGUGACAAUAUUCUUCUAUGACAACCCCAUUCACUUCGUGGGUCGGUCAGCAUUCCAGCACUUACCUGAGCUCCGAACACUGUCUUUAAACGGAGCAACAGACAUCACCGAGUUCCCGGACCUCAAAGGCACGCACAGUCUCGAGAGGCUUGCUAUCACAGGAGCGCGAAUCACAUCUCUGCCAAGCACACUGUGUGCGCAGCUGCCCAACCUGCAGACCCUAGACCUAUCCCACAAUUUAAUCCAAACCUUACCAAGUCUCCAAGGAUGUGAAAAAAUCCGGAUGAUUGAUCUCCAUCAUAACCAGAUCCAAGAAGUGAGAGGAGACACAUUUGGAAGCCUGCCCUCACUACAAACCCUUCACCUAGGUUGGAAUGAACUGUCUUUUGUGGGUCCCCUCAUCUUCUCAGGGCUGGCAGCUCUCACCAAACUGGAUCUCUCUUCCAACAAGCUGUCUUCACUACCUGUUGUGGAGCUUCACACGCUGACCCAUCUAAAACUGGCUGGCAAUGUAGAUCUACAAGAGUUGCUACCAGUAGAGAACUUUCCUACACUGAGGGUCGUGGAGAUGCCAUAUGCGUUUCAGUGCUGCGCAUUCCUGAACUGGGAGAAAUACGGGAGUCCUUCGCGAAGAAGCAGGAAUGGCAGUAAUGAUCAGGGAUUGAAGGAGGGCCUAAUUCCCAGUCCAGCAGACCACGACCUUGAGAAUGUUUCUGUGGACUCCGACGACGAUCCUCUCCCUCAUCACUCUGUUCAAUGCUCUCCAACACCAGGCCCAUUCCAGCCGUGUUUCCGUCUGUUUGGGAGCUGGCUUAUCCGAGGCGGAGUUUGGACAAUUGCAGUCCUGUCCCUGGUUUGUAAUGCUCUGGUGAUGCUCUCUGUCUUCCUGUCCCCAAUGUUCUUGUCUUCUGUGAAGCUGCUGAUGGGAUUGCUAGCGCUCGUCAACAGUGUGCUGGGCCUGUGCAGUGUGUCCAUGGCGCUGCUGGAUGCCCUCACCUUCGGCAGCUUCGCGAGCUACGGCACUCGCUGGCAGAGCAGUGUGAGCUGCAAGCUCACGGGUUUUCUGUCUGUCUUUGCGUCGGAGACCGGCGUCUUCCUUCUAAUGGCUGCCACCGUGGAGAGGAGCUUUUCCAUCCGCAGCGGGCAAGCGGAAGCAGAACGCAGAGCGUCGACUCGGGCGGUUAAGAUGGCCGUGGUUGCCUGCUUCGUCGCCGGCUUGGUGAUGAGCGUGGCGCCUCUCCUCCAGGCGACCCAGCAGAGCACGUCCUCCCUCUGCCUGCCGCUGGGCGAGCCCUCCGCGCUGGGCUUCCCGGUGGCUCAGGUGCUGGUCAACUCCCUGUGCUACCUGGUGAUGACCGUCAUCUACACGCGCCUAUACUGCAGCCUGGAGAAGGCGGAUGUGGACAAGCAGUGGGGCUGUGCGAUGGUUCGCCACGUGGCCUGGCUGAUCUUCGCUGACUGCGUCCUGUAUUUCCCAGUGGCUUUCCUUUCGUUCUCUGCCUUGCUGAGACUCUCAGCUGUGGGGCCAGGUGUGGCCACACUGGUGUUGCUGGUGGUUGCACCGCUACCUGCCUGCAUUAACCCCUUGCUGUAUGUACUCUUUAACCCUCACUUUAAAGAGGACCUGGGGCUCGUGCUCAGGCAGACUCGGAGGAUGCCGGUGAGGAAUCGGAACCGGAGCCGGGUUUCCCUCAACUCCGAGGAUGCGGAAAAGCAGUCUUGUGACUCCACGCAAGCUCUGGUCCCUUUUGCCAGUUCAGAUGAAUCAGGAAGCAAAUCCUUGGUGCUGCUGACUGAUUGCACCAAGUCCAGCCAUCUUGCUGUGCACUGUGCGUGUACGUCUUAGGGUUAUGAGUGUUACAUUAAAAAUAUUCUCUGAUUCUUGAAGGCGAGAUACAACAUUUAAAAGGUAGUGGAGGUCCUAUCUGCACUGAUUCAGUUCAGCUAAUGAAUUCAGCUUAAGGAAUUAAUUUUUCAUUUAUCAAGUAUUUGCUCUUCUGCAGAACUGUCAUAGAUGUUUUCCACGUAUCAGUGUUGAAUUCACACUGGUAAGCAGAGCUGCUCUGAUUCUGUUAAGAGUUAAGGGGUCCCACCCUUUGCUGGAGCUCCUCUGUGUGUUGCUCUUUGCGCACGCACGGGCUGAAUACUGAUGUCUUGUUUUUUUGGCAUUAUUCUGUGUCUUGAGGACAGGGUCUUAACCUGCAUUAAACUAUCAAAUGGCAAAAUCCCUGGCUUUGCAGGGCUGGUUACUAGCCAAAUGCCCCAGUCGUUUGUGGGCUAGGAAAACUCUGAGCUGCAGUCAGGCGUUCACUCCGGACUUGCUUCUCUUUUAGUUCUGGGUUGCAUUUUCUGUGUUUAUAAACAGGCUCUUAGAGAAAGCCUGGAUUAAAAAAGGACAGGUGCACCUUCUAAAGAGGCUCUGGGACACACUGGACACGCUACCUCCUCUGCCUUCAGCUUGGUUUUGCUGUGCUGUUAUUUGGGAAUCGUGUUUAAACAGUCCAAUGCACUCUGAAGGUCUUAUACAAAUUAUACCUAGUGCUUAAUAGUGCAUACACAGUUAGUUUCAUAAUAUAAGACCUUAUGAGGAGAAAUUCCAUCAUAACAGUUUCAUAUUAAUAUUAUAGACAUGUAACAUAUGUAAUAUAUGUUUCAGUUUUUGAAGUAUAUAAUCUUGUUCAUGGUUGAUGCAUUUGUGACUUGUUUAAAUGUAAAUGUGUCAUGGAACCAUCUGGCAAGGUGCUUCCGCCUAAAGGCUGCAGCACUGCCAGAGGUUGUGAUUGGGUUGUCCGUAAAAUAAUUCUUAAUGCUGGCCUGGAAACUGUGGGCAGUGGUCGCUCACUGGUUAAGGUACGUGCUUAGUAAUCAGAAGGUUACUAGUUCAAGUCCCCCCCCAUAGCCAAGUUACUGCUGUUAGGCCCUUAAGCAAGACCCUUAACCCUCAUUUGCUCAAGUUGUGUUCAGACAUAAUUGUGGGUUGCUUUGGAUAAAAGUGUCAUCUUAAUGAGACAAAUCCAACAUUUUGCUUUUAUUUUAUUUAAAGGGGACCUAUUAAUGCUCAUUUUCAAGGUUCAUUAUUUUUGGGAUCUACUAGAAUAGAUUUACAUGUUUCAGUGUUCCAAAAACACAUUACUGUUUUCAUAUUGUACAUUUCUUUACAUCCCCUCUGUCUGAAAUGCUCUGGUAGAGCUCCUCUGUCUUUAAGCCAUACCUCCCAAUGAACCCAGUCUGCUCUGAUUGGUCAGAUCACCUCACCCACUCUGUUCUGAUUAGUCAGAUCAGUUACGCCCCUACAGGUUACGCUGCUGUUUUGCAGUCUGCAGACUGUGAUAAAAAACGACAUACAAUUAUUUAUUAGGUUUAUAGAUUAUAUGUUUGUUUAAGUUUAUGAUUAAAGAAGGUUUAGGCUAAAGAAUGGCAAAAAAAAGUCAUUUUAGGCACAGGUUAUUUUAUAGCGUUUCUUUGACUUAGAAAUUAAAGUGGUUUCUAAGCAUUUCACAGUCCUGCAACAGCACAUUAUGACUUUAAGUGAGUAUAACCUCCACAGUUAAACAGUUCGACAUCUAGUGAUUGGAAAAACCAUUACCAUAUUUCCAUACAACUUUUGUUAAAAGUGUGCCUGCAAUUGAUUGAAACAUCAUGAAUCCACAAAUAAUAACACAUAUGUACUGGCUGUGAACCUAAAUCUUCUGUUGGGCCACACAAAUUGAGCAAUGUGAAAACCCAGCAUGGUUUUUGAAACAGUCUUCCGUAAAGUGCUGGGUACAGGAGGGAACAGUGGUAAAAAAUAAUUUCAACCACUGAUGUCUGUUCUUCUGCAGUAAUUUGUGGUUUGUAUAAAUGCACCAUUAAUCCUCCAUGUAAUUCUGCAUUUUGACCUGUGAUUCACAUACACAGAUGAUGCUGAUACUGAUACAAAUUUGUAGAAGAAUUGUCAUCUAUAAAACUAUGUCUGUGUACUCCCUAGCUGGGAGAUUCUGUUGGAUAACACACCAAAGUAAAAUGGAUUGUUGCAUCUUGAGGAAAGUUUUGUUGAAAGAAUGAAAUAGAAGGCAUUUCUAAAUAUAUUUAUAAAGUCCAUAAAUCCAUGUGUGUGAAUAUCGCUUCUAGUUUCUCACAGUAAAUUAGUUAAUAUAACAUUCCAGGAGAUUGUAAAUCAUUCUCAUUUCAGUUUUAAAAGGCUGCCAUAAUUAUGCCAGAUUAGCAAAUAACAUUUAACACAAGCAAAUAUUUCCAAGUUACAAAGACAAGAAAAGACAAGGGGAGAUGAUGAAACUGACCUUUUGGAAGUGUGUGUGUGUGUGUGU